CUCGGGUGAUUAGAACCGGUCUCCUAUAAUCUGUUGUACAUUUGCUCUUGAAAUGAGCGACAAUACUCCAGAGUCCAGAGAGGCAGAGGCCAUUAUGGCGUUGAGACUGAGCAGCUAUCAGAACUCAAUCGCUAUAAAAUGGACGGAUGAGGCACAAGCAGAAGACCCCUCCCUGCACAGUGCACACGAUACUAGCUAGCCCGAUGGCCCCAACCUCCAGCGUUCACCGCGAAGGCGGCAGCGCCGCCAUGGACAUGGCCGAGCUCAUCCCCACGCUGCCGCUGGAGACGGGGAGCCCGCCGUUCCCGCUCCGGCAAUACGGCGGCUACUGGCUGCCGGAGUGGGUCCUCCCUGGGCUCGAGGCCGUGCACACGCGCUUCGAGCCGAGGCCAUCCGACGUCUUCCUCGCCAGCUUCCCCAAGUCCGGCACCACCUGGCUCAAGGCGCUCGCCUUCGCAACCAUCAACCGGACCACCUACCCGCCGUCCGGCGACGCCCACCCGCUCCGCCAUCGCGGCCCGCACGACUGCGUCAAGUUCUUCGAGUCCACCUUCGCCAUCUCCGGCGAGGGCGGCGGCGGAGACGUGGACGUGUUCGCCGCCCUCCCGUCGCCGCGCGCGGUUGCUCGCCCGGGGACGUGUUCGCCGCCCUCCCGUCGCCGCGCGCGGUUGCUCGCCACUCACAUCCCCUACUCCCUCCUGCCGGAGCGCAUCACGUCGGCGGCGGCGGACGACGGCGACUCCGGUUGCCGGAUCGUGUACGUCUGCCGGGACCCCAAGGACGCGUUCGUCUCCAUGUGGCUGUUCACCAUGAGCAACAUGGUGAAGGGUGUCACAACGACCACGGACGAACACCACCCGGCGGCGGCGGCGGCGGCGCCAUCGAUCGAGCAGGUGUUCGACCUGUUCUGCGACGGGCGGAGCAUCGCUGGGCCGCAGUGGCACCACGUCCGCGAGUACUGGGAGGAGAGCCGGAGGCGGCCGGAGAAGGUCCUCUUCCUCCGGUACGAGGAGAUGCUGCGCGAGCCGGCGCGCAACGUGGAGAGGCUCGCCGAGUUCCUGCGGUGCCCGUUCACCGCCGGCGAGGUGGCGGCCGGGGUGGUGGACGCCAUCGUCGACCUAUGCAGCAUCGACCGACUCAGGAACGUGCAGGCGAACAAGACCGGGGUGACCGACCUGGCGGUGAAGAAGGAGAGCUUCUUCCGGAGAGGGGUGGCCGGCGACUGGAGCAACCACAUGUCGCCGGAGAUGGCGUCGCGGCUGGACAGGGUCGUCGAGGACGCGCUGCGAGGCUCCGGGUUCACCUUUGCCGCCGCUGCCGGCGACUCCGAAUGAGAUCGCAUGUGUCAAGCUAGUAUCUAUCUUCUAUCUAUUAUCUAUCUAUCUAUCUAUUAUAUACUAAAAGUCCAUUAAACUUCCUCAAAACGUUCUCAAGUUGACACGUGGCGCUUUAAUAAAUUAGAGAAAAUCCUAAAAAUUCUGAGAAAAAAGAAAAACAUCCGUACAUUGAUUUUCACUUAAAAUUGGUGGGUCCAAUAUUAUAAACCGUUAGAUUAGAUUAAUCUUAAAGCAAAUCGGACACUACAACUAUGGUCCCACCUACCUCUCCUCCUCCCCCUAGGUACGUAUACAUAUGGUAUACGUAUG